CUGAAUUCAAGACUAUACUGCGAGCUGAGGAGGCGGAUCGUAAAUAUCUCUCGACUUUUCCUGGCCUGGCCGAAUACCAAAAUGUUGCUGUUUCUUGACGAUGAACACAAGGAGCAUCUUAGCUUCCUUGCCAAUGUAGACAGCAGUGUUCUUCAGGAAUUUUGCAGGAUUGCGAUUGAGUUUAUGAGGAAAGGUAUCACACAGAAAGUCUAUCAGGGUGCAGCUCAGAAACUAAAUGUAGAUGCUGAGACGGUCAAACAUGGAGUGGAAGGCCUUAUGUACCUCUUGACUGAAAGCGCUAGACUCAUGGUGUCUGAACUGGAUUUCCAAGAUUCUAUUGCAAUAUUAGGUUUCUCUGAAGACUUACGCAAAGAUCUGCUAGGUUUAUAUAUUGAGAACCGAGCUGAGAUUAGGGGUAUUCUUGGAGAGAUGGCAAUGGACCUACCACACUAUCAUAACCUGGAAUGGAGACUAGAUGUAGAGCUUGCCAGUCGAUCCCUUCGACAUCAAACCAUUCCCACUAUAAUGAUGAAGCUACACACUGAAGACUGUGGCAAGAAACAUAUGCAGGUACUUCAAACAGACCCAGUCAAUCUAGUUCACUUGACUCAAGCACUAGAGGGCGCCCUAGCAGAGGUCAAGACACAGCAUUGUAGAAGAAUAAUCAGAAAUAUCAAUAAGUAGAUUACUCAGAGUAGCUAGGAUUUUGUAUGAAAAUUUGUAUAGAGAACUGAUAUUAGAAUAUUAUUUUUGGAACUUAU